UGACUUUUUAUUAUUAUAAUAAAAAAUUUUUAAAUUUAUUAUAUACGUAGUAAAGGGUAACACUAUUUUUGUUUUUACAAAUCGGUAGUUGCUUUUUACACAUUUUGUUUACAUAUUUAAAUUCUGUAAGCAGUAAGAAAACCCAGACAUAAAUAUGUGUGUGUGACAGAAAAGGUGUUUUAGUCAACGUGAUGGAACAGUUAAUUAUCAUCGUAUGACAGGAAGUGGGCUCAAAAAAUAAGCAGAAAUCAUGGCUCCUGGGAUAAUGAUGAAAACUUAGUUCCAGCAUGGAAUGAUGAAAAUGCAUUUCUUCCGGUUGAAGACUACGAUUCUAUUCCGUGUUAUAUGCAUUGUAUAAGAUUUAUAAAACCAAGGCAGAAAAACGUUGGUACAUUACAAGUGGCCGCCGACCAUUCACUUUGUCCUUAAAUCGGGCUACAAUCUACUUGAUAAGAGCGCUUUGUAUAUUAGCUGAGGAUUUUCAAAGUUUCCCAAAAUAUUUUCAAAUGACGCAUGGAUAUAGUGUUGGCUUAAAGGAUGAUCUAGCCGGAUUUUAUGUUUUUACAAUACAUAUACAGACAGACGGACAUCGCUAAAUCGACUAAGUUCAUUAUGCUGAUAAUUUAUAAACAUAUAUAUAAUAUAUUAUAUAUGGUGUCAUAUAUUGGUUUCAAGGCAAACCUAAUAUUUCCUGUUCAGAGUAUAAAAAAGUGAAUUAAAAGCAGACAUGUUAACAAGGGUAAGAUAAACCUAUAAGAAUGCUAACGUCUGCAAUUGUUGCAAAUUAAAAUUGAUAUAAAUUCAUUAAUUUAAAUGCAAACGAAAUUCAGUUAAUUUAAAUUCUCGACAUUUCCGAGCAAAUAAUCGUUUGCGUCUGGCAAUACCUGAGCAGUGUUGUUAAACGACACUUCGUCAGUGCCAAAUUUUUCAAACAAAAGUGAGGUGUGUUUGCUGGAAAUUUAUAGCGAGAUACGAAAUUCGUCUUAUAUUAGCAUUAGCAGUUUGGGAAAAUAAACUUUUAGGAUUUGGAUUAAACUUGGUUUAUUGGAAAAGAGUAAUAUAAAUAUUUACAUAUUAAUAUUGAUUUAAUACAACUAGCAAGCAAAUUGAAGAAAUACAUAUGAAUAUAACAUGCAGAGCUAAUUGUACACGAUUUUGUGAAAAUCACCACAGACUGUGUUGUAUUAUCAGCAAAAAAUUUGUUUGUUGCACACUGCUCAUCAGCUGUAUUUAUUUACAUUUGGGAAAUGGGAUUCUUUUGAGCUGUUGGGCUGGUCAUUAUAUUAUUGCAAAUUUGUUGUUUAAUAUCGUUAACUUUCAUAAAAAAAAUAUGUUAAUCUGAAUUGUUUGUUAUACGAUUCUACAGCAACAUCAAAAUUGUUUGUGUGAAAAUAUAUCGAAGUAAACUAACAGUUUAUUAUCACUAAACAACAUGGCACACAUUGAAAGAGCAGGCAGUGAGUUCUGCGCUAUUGGCGCGCCAGAACCACAGUGCCUUUUAUCGAAGAAACAACAAUUUUUAAAUAUGAUACACAACGACAUUUAUAUGGAUUCAAUAUUAAUUAAACAACUCACUGGAAAACAUAAAAUACCAUAUUGGGAAACAUUUUACAAUGUAAUAUUCAUUCUAUGUACGAUUAUGCCGGUUGUAUUCUUCUUUGCGAUGGCGCGCAUUGCCUGCCAACAGUUGGAAAAGAAAACGUCUGUCAAUUUUGUCGGGAAAUUUAUAAUCGAAUAUGUAAUAAUUGUUAUACCCACAGUGUUAUUUGUAAAUGUGCUCAAUGAUUAUGUUGGUUAUGUGUUGUUGGUUUUCUGCCUCUACGUUUCAGUGACAUUAUAUCGUAAUUAUAAAAUAGAAACACUUCAAAAUCAGUGGUACAAUUUAGGUGGCAGCCGAUCAUACGUUUUGACCUUAGUCCGUGCAAUUAUAAAUUUGCUUACAGCGCUUUGUAUAUUGGCAGUUGAUUUUACUUGCUUUCCGAAAGAUUUUCGAAAAACACGUCGUUAUGGUGCUGGACUUAUGGACGUUGGUAUUGGAUUAUUUGUUUUCGCAAUGGGUGCCGUAUCGCGACCACCAAAGAAAACUGCAGACUUUAAACGUGUUAUAUUCACUGUAUUGCCGUUACUCUUUUUGGGUCUUUCGCGUACUAUUAUUAUUAUACAUAUAAAUUAUAAUCAAGAUGAACACGAAUAUGGACAACAUUUGAAUGCCUUCUUUACAUUGGGGCUCACUAAGUUGUUGGGUUCCUCAGUUAGUGGCCUUAUGGAUAGUGGCUCGGCACAUGUAGCCGCCGGUGCGGUAAUCGCAAUCAUACACGAAUUUUGUCUUCAGUUUUAUAUAUCCGAAUUUGUUAUGGACGCAAAUAUCCCACGAGACACUUUUGUACCAGCGAAUCGUGAAGGAAUUUUCUCACUUCCCGGUUUCGUUGCUAUAUAUUUGAUAUCAAUUGUGAUUGGUCAAGCGCUUCGAGUUAGCGACGGUCUUGUGAGCUAUAAAAUACUGCUAAAUAAAUUAAAAGCGUUUGGCAUAGUGAGCAUUGGACUUUGGCUGAUUGUAAUUAGCUGUAUAUUUACUAUAUCGAUUGCGCGUGUCACCUGCAAUUUGGGCUAUAUAGUAUGGAUUUUGGCCAUAACGCUAACUAUGAUUUUUAUUUCUAUGAUAGUAUUUCAUUUGGUUUUAAAUAUAAGUUGGUCAACUAGGGACAGUAAGACAACAGACGAGACUUCUACACCAAUCGUGCCAUUACUAGGAUCUGCAGUAACUGCGCGUACAAAUGUACUACCCACGCUGGUGGAAGCAGUAAAUAAAAACGGUCUAACAUUUUUCCUAUUAGCUAACGUGCUAACGGGUUUUGUAAAUAUGUUUUUAAAGCCAAGUGAAAAAAAUGAUAACGAGAGUAUUUUUAUAUUAAUAAUGUAUAUGCUGAUAUCGAUCGGAUUCGUUCAACUACUAUAUCGUUUUAAUAUUCGAUUAGCAUAACAAUUUAGAUAUCGUGCACAAACAAGAAAAACUCAUUCAGUAUAUUAAAUAAAAUUGUGUUAUAUUAACAUGUAUAAAUAUGUGUGUCUGUGAACAAAGUUGUGGCUGUUGAUAUAUGCAAUUUAAAAAAAAUCCUUUUGUAUAUUGUAUUUAGUGGCAUAAAAUAGCAAUAUUGAAAAGCUAAUAUUCUAUUUAAACUAUUAAAUAAUAAUAAAGUUGUAAAACAAUAAGCUUUCGCAUAUUUAAACCACGCUGUGCCCUACUAAUACUAAGCUGCGUACAUUUUUAUUUUUGAAUGUGCAUAUUGCGUUGCCCUUAUGGACUCCCUCAAGAAGCUGCUUUAGGUAUACAUUUUCAUUGCACUCCAGUUUUGUUUAGCUAGGAAUGUCAAAUAUAAUCAUAAGAGCUGUAUACUAUAAAAGUUUGAUUACUUCAGUACUGAAAUAUUUAAAUAAUUAUGCAUUUUAAAUUAAAAGAAGAACAGUUGGUGCUUUUUGGGUCGAUAAUAAUUGUUUUUUUUUCUCUGCCUUCAUGAAGUUAUUUAGUUUAAUAUAGCACUUUAUGGUAACGGUAUUUAUUGUUUGUAAGUUUAUCACCAAACUCUAGGUAAUCCCUCUAUAUAACUUUCAUUAGUUCAUUAUCUACCCAAGCAUGUAUUACAUAGCUGGUUUUUGAAAGAAAUGCAAUAAAAUUUAUGAUAUUGAUUAUAAUGAUACCAACCAAUUGAUUUAGUGAUAGAAUGAUAAGAGCAAAUAACUUGCUACCUUCGAUGAAAUACAUUUGGUUUGUAGAAUACCAUUUGGAAUUUUUCAUAAUUAUAAUAAAUAUACGUACACAUGUACAUGUAUGUGUGUAUUUGAGUCUGCAAGUGUAUUUAAGAACUAAACUAAUUUCAAGUAAUGACCAGCCUUUUAUUAUUUUGUGUGUGUAAAUAUCAUUCUUGUAUACUUCUUGAAUUCAAUAUAAAAUCUACCUUAAUCUUAUAAGUAGAUUGGGCACGUAAAUUUUUGUUAUCUGAAAUCUUAUAGAUACCGACAAAUGAUAAUUAAAACAAGAAAAUCGUACAGUGUGGCUGCACCGAAGCUAUAAUACCCUUCACAGGUGCAUUUCUUAUAGCAUAACAAGAUGAAAAAAGGACUUAAUCCUGCUUUUGAUCGGUCAUUUUGCACGGCAGCAUUAUAGCAUAUACUUGUAGAUCCGAACUGAACGAUUUGCUGACGAUAUCUUAUCAAAUAAAAAAGUUUUCCGCACCAAAACUUGAUUUUGAUCGUUCAGUUUGUAUGACAGCUAUAUGCUAUAGUGCUUGAAUAUCGGCGGUUCCGACAAAUGAGCAGCUUCUUGGGAGAAAUGGAUGUGUGCAAAGUUUCAGAUUGAUAUCUUAAAAACUGACAGACUUGGUUGGUUAUAUACAGCUGGACAUAGCUAAAGCGACUUAGCACAUCAAGCUGAUCAUUUACAUAUAUACUUUCUAGGGUCGCUCGAGUUUCCUUUUGGGUGUUACAUACGUUGUGACAAACUUAUACCCUGUUCAGGGUAUGAAAAUGUAUAGCCCCUAAAUAAUAGUGAAACAUUAUGGCUAAUUUAGUUUGUUGUUGUUUUAGAUAAAUAAAAUUUUAAUAAAAUGGA